AUGGCUACCCAAAGGAAACAUUUGGUGAAAGAUUUCAAUCCUUACAUCACCUGCUAUAUCUGUAAAGGGUAUCUCAUCAAGCCAACUACAGUGACGGAAUGCCUUCAUACCUUCUGCAAGACUUGUAUUGUCCAGCACUUUGAAGAUAGCAAUGAUUGUCCAAGGUGUGGCAACCAGGUUCAUGAGACAAACCCAUUAGAAAUGUUGAGGUUGGAUAACACACUAGAGGAAAUUAUAUUUAAGUUGGUUCCUGGACUACGAGAACAAGAACUUGAGCGUGAAUCUGAAUUUUGGAAGAAAAAUAAGCCUCAAGAAAAUGGACAAGAUGAUACUUCAAAAGUUGACAAGCCUAAGGUAGAUGAAGAAGGUGAUGAAAAUCAAGAUGAUAAAGACUAUCACAGAAGUGACCCACAAAUUGCUAUAUGUCUAGAUUGUUUACGAAAUAAUGGACAAUCAGGGGACAAUGUAGUAAAGGGUUUAAUGAAGAAAUUCAUUCGGUGUUCUACACGUGUAACUGUGGGAACUAUUAAAAAAUUUCUAAGUUUAAAACUAAAACUUCCAAGUUCUUAUGAGUUGGAUGUGCUGUGCAAUGGUGAAAUUAUGGGGAAGGAUCACACUAUGGAGUUCAUCUACAUGACACGAUGGCGACUAAGAGGCGAAAACUUUCGGUGUCUGAACUGCUCAGCUUCGCAAGUCUGCCCUCAGGAUGGCCCUUUGUAUCAGUCAUACCCCAUGGUAUUGCAGUAUCGACCAAGAAUUGAUUUCGGUUAG